CAACACUAGUGCUUCACGACAGUUAUUUAACGUAUUACGGUGGCCGGUGUCGUAUAUUUUGCAGAAUCACCAUGGCGUUGAAAGAGACUGCAGGGCUGUACGAGACACUCAAAGCAGAGUGGAACAAGAAAAACCCAAACCUGAGUAAAUGUGGAGACCUUCUGAGUAAACUUAAGGUUUCAUUACUGGAACUGAACUUCUUACCUACCAGUGGCUCCGCGCUCACUAAGCAGCAGCUCAUUUUAGCUCGUGAUGUCCUUGAAAUUGGAGCCUUGUGGAGUAUCCUCAAGAAGGACAUACCGUCCUUUGAAAGAUACAUGGCCCAGCUAAAAUGUUACUACUUUGAUUACAAGGAGGAACUGCCUGAAGCUGCCUACAUGCACCAGCUACUUGGACUCAACUUGCUCUUUCUGCUGUCACAGAACCGCGUGUCUGAGUUUCACACAGAACUUGAGAGACUGAGCGCACGUGAUAUUCAGACCAACGUAUACAUCAGACACCCAGUGUCCCUAGAGCAGUACUUGAUGGAGGGAAGCUACAACAAAGUAUUUCUCGCCAAAGGCAACAUUCCUGCUGAGAGCUACACCUUUUUUAUAGAUAUCCUGCUUGACACAAUUCGUGAUGAGAUCGCAGGCUGCAUAGAGAAAGCAUACGAGCAGAUCCAGUUCAGUGAAGCCACCCGUGUGCUUUUCUUCAGUUCCCCAAAAAAGAUGACAGAGUAUGCCAAGAAGAGGGGAUGGAGCUUGAGCCCAGACGGCUAUUACUCUUUUACCACUCAGCAGCAACGGACGGAAGAGGUGACCAUCCCCUCCACGGAGCUGGCUCAACAGGUCAUCGAAUACGCACGACAGCUGGAAAUGAUUGUGUAACGCGCCCCCAGGAACACACUCCCAACACACACCCCGCUGACCCAUUGUACACCCGGUCAGCUCAAAUGCAGUUCCUCUGAGGAAUAUGACUUUAUUGAUAACCAGAGUGGUUGAUUUAUUGCCCAUACCUCAGAAAUCAAUCCACAUGUAUUUUGUACUCCGUUCCACUUAUCUGCAGAUCUUUCUGUCUGGAAGUUUGCUUUAAAUUUAAAGAUGGGGAAUGAUACUAAAAAAUAUUACAGGCCACAAGUUGCUACACAUCCACCAUAAUUGGAGACAUUCAAGGGUUUCGAUCUUAGUUAAUUAUUUCAUCCAAGAUGCCAUGUGUAAAACGUAAAAUCUGAGCCUUUUAUGGGUUAUUCAAAACCAGGGUCCAGCUACUACAUUUAAUAACCUUGGGGCUCAGUUGUUUUUACAUCAAGGAAGUUACUCACAAUCCCCACCAUGUGACUCUGUGUUCCAACCAUCAACUCCCCAUCUUCUCCAAAUUCACACUCUUUUUGUAUACAAAGUUAAAGUUCUUAGUAGAGCUCACAAAAAUGUAUUGACUUUGCCAUAGCAACUGACCGAAUUUCCAUUGAACUUAGUGUUUUCUAAAUAGCAAUGCCUCCCUAGAUUACAAUGCAAAUCUUUGUCUUGCAAUAAACCAUACCUAAAA